AUGGCAGCCGACAAGCCUCCUGCAUCCGCGAAAGCUCCUGCACCACGAAAGCGGAAUAGGAAGCGCAAACGGCGUGUUGCAUCAGAAUCGUCUUCCUCUUCGUCUGACUCGGACUCUUCUUCCGAUGAAAGUACUCAGCCUGCUGUGCUCAAGGUCGCGAAACCCACGGCCGCGCCCAAGGUCCGACUCCCUGAGCCGCAGUCAUCGUCAUCCUCGUCCUCAUCCUCGUCCGAAGGCGAUUCUUCCUCAUCCGAAAGCGAGGGUGAAAGCCGAGAUGUUGAUGUCGGCGAAGACGUCGAGAUGGGCAUUGAGUCAAGCACAGCCAAUCUAUCUACAAGAAGGACUCGAAGACGCACUCCCUCCCCGUCACCACCUCCAGCCCCCAUAAGGCCGUUGCUAUCCUCAGGUGGUACCACAGAUUCAGGAAAGACCGAACAAGAGCUUAAGGAACGAUUUCGCAAGUUCUGGAUGGCGUCCAUCGCUGAUGGUUUUCGCGAUGACCUCGAACAAAUACGCAAGGAACCGAACAUGAAACCCUCGCGACUUGGCAUGCUCAUCGACUCCUUGGCAUCUGGCGCAGAUGCGUUCUCUUCGAGAGCCGACGGUAGCAGCAUCAACGAAAUGGAGGUCGUGGUUGGAGGUGGCUCGUGA